AUGGUGUGGCAGGAGGACGUCACACAGAUAGUCAUGCUGACGAGGCUGAUGGAGGUGAACAAGAAAAAGUGUGCACAAUACUGGCCUAACGGAAGCACGUCUGAAACCUACGGAGGCUCUAAAGUUACAAACAUUAACGUAAAGGCUAGGGCUGACUACACAGUGUCAACGUUUCUGGUAGAAGACGCGGGUAGUGAGAGAACUGUAACGCACUACCACUUCACAUCUUGGCCUGACCAUGAUGUUCCUUCUGCUCCUGCGCUCGUCAACUUCUGGAGACUGGUCAAACAGGGGGCCAUGGGCAGGGGACCCAUAGUGGUGCACUGCAGUGCUGGAGUUGGCCGAACAGGAGCAUUCAUUUCUCUGGACUACCUGAUGGAUGAAGCUAAGAGUAACCACGUCAACGUGUUCAUGUGCGUCAGCAAGAUGAGACAAAACAGGAUGAAUAUGGUGCAGACUGUGAAACAGUACGAGUUUGUGCAUGACGUGGUCCUGGAGGCUCUCAAUAGUCGAGGAACACUGUACACUUCGUCUGAGUUUGACAGAGCGUUUGGCGCUGGAGAAACGUUUACAACACCCCAAGUGGAUAUGCUGAAAGAGCAAUUUAAAUUACUCCAAGAACCAGCAUCUGACCUUGAAGAAGCUGUAACUUCAGAGGCAGUGCUUCCAGAGAACACAUCCAAAAACAGAAACCAGCAUGUUCUUCCCGGAAACAAAUCCAGGCCCUACCUGUGUACUCCAGUCCCGGGUCGGAAUGACUACAUCAAUGCAGUGUUUCUGUCGUCAAUUCUUCAACUAUCGAACCUGAUAGUCACCCAGACCCCGCUACCACACACUGUGGUAGACUUCUGGAGACUGGUGUACGACCAUGACUGCUUCACAGUUGUCUGUCUAGAUGACUCUCAGGAGACAGAGGAGCUCUACCCUAAAGACAACAACACGCUACGAACUGGACCAUUCAGUGUAAUACACGUGGAAACCGUUUCAAACGGAGCAUUCUUUACUGAGAGAAAGUUAACGCUUGUGUAUGACAAGGAGGACACCGAGCAGUCAGUCACAGUGGUCUCUCUCCGGUCAACGGACGUGAUAGAGAGUAGUGCCUCACUCCUUGAGCUGAUCAACAUGGCGGACGUUAUUUUCAGCUCUGGUGACCAUAAGAUCCUCAUCCACUGCCAUGACGGUGCUGGAAUGAGCGGGGUGUUCUGCAGUGCCCUGAACAUCAUCAGCAGACUGCGGCUGGACAGAUACGUGGACAUCUUCCUCACCAUCAAGGAACUGCAGCGUGUCAGACCACAGUUUAUACAGUCCUUCGAUCAGUUCAAGCUGUGCUACGACGUAGUGAAGGAAUCUAACCGUGCUUCCAACAUCUACGCCAAUAUGUAAUGAAAAAGCAACGCAAUUUACACUGUGAUCUUCUUCAAGGAUAGUGAUUAAAUGAUCUUCGUUUCUUGUAUUAAUCUUGGAAACUCUCAUGCUCCCCAUUGGACGAAUUUUCGUGCACAAUUUGCUGACAUGUAGGCAUUUCUAGAGUGUUUUAGAAUAGAAUAGAAUAGAAUAGAAUAGAAUAAUACUUUAAUGCCUUUUCAGGAAUUUGUGUUACAUCAGCAGAGCUACUGGCACAUCA